UGAUCCGCGCUCGAGCAGCAGUACGUCAGACGUCUCAAAGGCGCCGCUAGCAUGGCCGCGGCAACCGAGAGCCAGCAAUUCGCAGCCUUCCGUGGGGGACGGAAUCACCUUUUCCUGUCAUUUUUUUUAUGAGUAAGACUUUUUCUUUGAAUACUAUUGGUAGGAAAACACCUUCCGCUAUCAGCGAGUCGACACAAGGCGGCGACGUCGACGCUAAGCUAGCGCGGCGGCUGCUAGCUCGGUCGCCCUCCUUGGAGGAAGCGGCUUGGAGGUUAUGUUGUCCGUGUUGUCUUACGGGAGACUGCUGGCCAGGGCUGUCAUCGGCGGACUCUCUCAGACGGACAGCCGCGACUACAGCCUGGUGACGGCGAGCUGCGGCUUCGGCAAGGACUUCCGUAAAGGCAUCCUGAAGAAAGGAAUGUGCUAUGGAGACGACGCCUGUUUCAUCGCCAGGCACAAAUCUGCCGAUGUCUUAGGUGUGGCCGAUGGAGUCGGAGGUUGGCGAGACUAUGGCGUGGACCCGUCACAGUUUUCAGGGACACUGAUGAAGACAUGCGAGCGCCUGGUGAAGGAGGGACGCUUUGUUCCCAGCAACCCCGUGGGAGUCCUUACAAGCAGCUAUUAUGAGUUGCUGCAGAACAAAGUGCCAUUGCUGGGCAGCAGCACGGCCUGCAUCGUGGUGUUGGACGGCCAUAGUCACCAGCUGCACACCGCCAACUUGGGGGAUUCCGGCUUCCUGGUGGUCCGUGAAGGGGAGGUGGUUCACCGUUCCGACGAGCAGCAGCAUUACUUCAACACACCCUUCCAGUUGUCCAUUGCUCCUCCUGAAGCCGAGGGAGCUGUCCUCAGUGACAGCCCAGACGCAGCCGACAGCUCCUCCUUUGACGUGCAGCUGGGUGACAUCAUCCUCACCGCCACCGACGGCCUGUUUGACAACAUGCCGGACUACAUGAUCCUGCAGGAGCUGAAGAAACUCAAAGCAAACUACGAGAGCAUCCAGCAGACGGCAAGAAGUAUCGCCGAGCAGGCCCACGACCUGGCCUACGACCCCAACUACAUGUCACCUUUUGCACAGUUUGCCUGUGACAACGGACUGAAUGUUCGAGGAGGGAAGCCCGAUGACAUCACAGUGCUGCUGUCCAUAGUAGCAGAAUACACUGACUAGGGUCUACGUGGACUGAGUAGGAUGAAGUACCGAGGGGAGCAAGACAUUUAGUUUCCCAGCAUGCCACAGCUCUACUCUGCUCCAAACCCCUGCUGGGCAGAGAGAAAGUGCUGGAAUUAAAAGGCCCCGACAGCAUUCAGCAGCAGUGUUGUUGACAACACACGACGACGCCCGCUGGACAACCUUUCCAAGGUCUCGGCGGGUUGGACGGACGGACAGAGAGGAUGUUUACUUUCACACUUUUGACUUUUUCAAAGUCAAAGAAGCUUAAAAGGAUUGUCUUCAUCACAGGCGUGGAGGAGGGUGUUGGCGUGGGACGUGUGGCGCCUUUAGGGCUAAAUAAAUGAGCCGAACGUGGCUCGUCUUUAUUUUUUUAUCAGUUCUUAUUAGCAAAUGUACGUUAGUGCAGGGAGCAGAUGUUUUAUAGUUGGAUGUGACUGCUGUUCUGUUCUUGGCUGAGGUUAAAACAGGAUUAAGUGAAGAAGCAGCGGCCUUUUUAUACAUGCUAUUUAGAUAUUGCAUACUGAGGCUCUGACAUAUUCAGUGGUGCCUCAGUUCUUGUUGGGAAUCCCCUCCUAAAGGUCUGAUACAAAUUGAACCAAUAUAAAUCCAAUCCACACACCCAAAUAUACAUUUUAUAAAUAAUUCUAGUUUUACAUAUAGAAAACAAAGUGAAAUAUAUCAUCUAUGUAUGUAUAUAUACGGUAUAUAUCAGUGGUUCUCCACCUUUUUUCAGUGAUGGAACAUUUUUUUAAUUCAAGUACCUGCUAAUCAGAGCAAAGCAUUUUUGGUUGAAAAAAAGAGAUAAAGAAGUAAAAUACAGCACUAUGUCAUCAGUUUCUGAUUUAUUAAAUUGUAUAACAGUGCAAAAUAUUGCUCAUUUGUAGUGGUCUUUCUUCAACUAUUUGGAAAAAAAGAUAUAAAAAUAACUAAAAACUUGUUGAAAAAUAAACAAGCGAUUCAAUUAUAAAUAAAGAUUUCUACACAUAGAAGUAAUCAUCAACUUAAAGUGCCCUCUUUGGGGAUUGUAAUAGAGAUCCAUCUGGAUUCAUCAACUUAAUUCUAAUCAUUUUCUUCACAAAAAAUAAAUCUUUAACAUCAAUAUUUAUGGAACAUGUCCACAAAAAAUCCAGCUGUCAACACUGAAUAUUGCAUUGUUGCAUUUCUUUGCACAGUUUAUGAACUUGAAUUCAUAUUUUGUUGGAAGUAUUAUUCAAUACAUAUAUUUAUAAAGGAUUUUUGCUAUGUUUAGAAUAUUUUUAAAAAAUCUCACGUACCCCUUGGCAUACCUUCAAGUACCCCCAUUUGAGAACCACUGCUAUAUAUGAUUAUAUAUUUUGCAUAUAUAAUAUAUUUGUAUUAUUUAAUAUAUAUAUAUACAUAUAUGAAUUAAUGAAAUGCAUAAAUGAACAUUUAACAACAGUUUUAUCUUUUAUAGUUUAUUGCUAGUAUCUAAAAGUGCUGUCACGUGCAAUUUUUUUUUUAGCCCCAUGGUGGAUUAUUUAGCAGUCAUACUACACCCCUAAAAAGGGACAAGCGGUAUAAAAUGGAUGGAUGGACUGCAUUAAAAAAAAAAAAGCACAGACUUGUCAGCAACACGUGAUAUUCUUUCUUUGUGUACUUGAUUCCUUGACUAGUUUGUUGCUUGCGAUGUUUGAUAACUGACAAUAUGAAAAAUGUAACAUUUUGAUGAGUAUUUUAGGCAACAGACUCCUAGGAGAAGCUGAGGUACCACUGGACUUGUAUUAUUACACCCCUUUAAUCACUGUGUUGGUGUGAGUGAGUGUAUUCUCUGUGUAUGAAACGGCUCAAGGCUCGUUCACAUGAGCAAGUACUGCUCUUAAGGCCUGAAACGCACAAUGUAGGAAGAUAACUAUGGGAGUAGGUCAGGUGAUCAAUUGUAUCUGUGUACUUAUUUACAUGUUAACAAUCAGCAUUUUGUCUUUUGUUCAAAAGAUGCCCUUUUCUGUAUACAUGUUCCAUAUUUGCAUUAUGAAUUCACCGCACAGUUCAAAUAUGUCUUGGUAAAUAAUUUUAGUGUCGUGGUUACGUGCCUUGUAUCAGGUGUGUUGAUCCUGGCUGACGUAAUCCCUUCGUACCCAGACUGAGUGCCAGUUCCUGGGCACAAACCGCAACUGUCGUCAUGUAUGCCCCGCUGUCUUUAAAAGUGACUUUUUAGCUCAA